CCAGUUCCUACAAAUAUGUCAGUUUCUGUGAGGCAGAGGAAAAACAAAGAUGGAAAGAGAAAAUGGAAAGAAGCUCAAAAUACUUUGCCUCCAUGGAUUUAGAACCAGUGGCAGUUUUCUUAAAAAGCAGAUCAGCAAAUGGGAUCCUUCUCUGUUCACUCAAUUUCACAUGGAAUUCCCAGAUGGUAAAUACCCUGCUGGAGGGAAAUCUGACAUAGAAGGAAUCUUCCCUCCACCUUACUAUGAGUGGUUUCAAUUUGAAAAGGACUUCACAGUGUACUUUAACUUGGAAGAAUGUAUCACGUACUUAUGCGAAUACAUUACAGCCAAUGGUCCCUUCGAUGGCUUUCUUGGCUUCUCACAGGGCGCAACUCUUUGUGCACUUUUGCUUGGUUACCAGGCACAGGGAAAAGUGCUAAAGGAGCAUCCACUCAUAAAAUUUUUUAUAUCAAUAUCAGGAAGCAAAUUCAGAGAUCCCAGCAUAUGCGAUGUUGCCUAUAAAGAUCCCAUCAAAGCUAAAUCUAUUCAUUUCAUUGGGGACAAAGAUUGGCUAAAAUUGCCUAGUGAGGAUCUCGCAUCUGCAUUUGACAAACCCCUAAUAUUGAGGCACCCCCAGGGUCACACUGUCCCACGAUUGGAUGAAGUGACCACCAAUCAAUUGAGAAACUGGAUUAACGAGGAAGUCCUAUGCCAGCCAAAAGUUGGCGUCUCAGUUAUUGAGCACGGAAAAGAUCAUGAAAAAGAAGUCAGGAGUACCAAUCCAAACAAAGUUGAAAACGGUGUAUGAAUAAAAAAGGAUUCUGGAGAUCAGGAUUUCCAAGGGAAAGCACAUGAAUUUCAUAUAAAUACUAUAUUAUUAGGUGAUUCAUAUGGACCUGUUUUCUGUUGUCUUGUAUUUAAUAAUGUUAUUAUGCAUGACUGGUUAUUCGUAUGUACCUGUUUUGUGUUCUUGAUAUUUAAUAUUGUACGGUUGCCUUACUAUUUAACAUUUUACUACGUAUGACUGGAUGGUCUUUAAUGACUAAAAAGGAGAGGGAGAGACCUUAAUGUACUCUGCUCAGAUAUAUUCAGCACAAAAAUAAAAUUAGACUAAUUCCCCUUGAAUCAA